AAGGUCCUUCGGCGUUUCUACGAGCCGAUACUCAUCCUCCAUGCUCUGGAUCCCUGUAGAGGAGGGAGGAUCAAGGACUACCCUAAGGCGGACCCUACUGGUGUAGACACCACGCAAUUGCGAAGAUCGCUCAUCAAAUACCUUGCCUACAUUUGCGACUAUGAGAAGGGCGGAUCGACAUGCACUGCCAUUGCUUUACAGCAGUGCUCGAACAAAGUCGAGUACUGGAUUGCAGCAAAUGACUCGGUCAAGCCAAAGACAGUUCAAUUCCUUAAGGAUACUCUGGCAGAUCUCGCUCGGAUG